UUUCCGACGCUUGCUCUAUUCUGAUUGGACAGCAGCACGUCGCUCAGAGAGCAGCUGCCGCCGCUGUGACAGCCAUGGCUGUGUAGGUCGGACGGUGACUGUUGCUGCUGCGAUGACAACAUCGGCGGUGGAUGUGGACAGUGAAUAUUCACCACACUGACUGGCACUAGGCUGUGGUGUGUGUGGCAGCAAGCGAGGGCAGCAUGCACACACAACUGAUGUUGCCCACGGUAAGGAGACUGCCCAGGACACAGUGACGGGAUGACCCAUGCCCUCCACUAGCUGGGACGCCCCCCAUUGGCCACCCCUCUGCCGCCGUUUGUCUUCAUGAAGAUUCCUGACAUCGGUGAUGUGAUGAAUAAAUUUGAGGUCCUUGGGAUUGUCGGUGAAGGAGCCUAUGGUGUGGUCCUGAAGUGUAGGCACAAGGAGACAAAUGAAAUUGUGGCCAUUAAGAAGUUCAAGGACAGCGAAGAGAAUGAGGAGGUUAAGGAGACCACACUGCGGGAGCUCAAGAUGCUUCGCACCCUCAAGCAGGAGAACAUCGUGGAGCUGAAGGAAGCGUUCCGCCGGAGGGGCAAGCUCUACCUGGUUUUCGAAUAUGUGGAGAAGAACAUGCUGGAGCUUCUGGAGGAGCUCCCCAACGGCGCUCCCCCAGAGAAAGUGAAGAACUACAUCUACCAGCUGAUCAAAGCCAUCCACUGGUGCCAUAAGAAUGACAUUGUCCACAGGGACAUCAAGCCUGAAAAUCUGCUCAUCAGCUCUAACGAUGUUCUCAAGCUGUGCGAUUUUGGUUUCGCCCGCAACCUGUCAGAGGGGAACAAUGCCAACUACACAGAGUAUGUCGCCACCAGGUGGUACCGCUCCCCAGAGCUGUUGCUGGGGGCUCCAUACGGCAAAGCGGUGGACAUGUGGUCGGUGGGCUGCAUCCUGGGCGAGCUGAGCGACGGGCAGCCUCUCUUCCCUGGGGAGAGUGAGAUCGACCAGCUCUACACCAUCCAGAAAGUGCUGGGGCCGCUGCCCCCUGAACAGAUGAAGCUGUUCUACAGCAACCCGCGCUUCCACGGGCUGCGGUUCCCUGCGGUGAGCCACCCUCAGACGCUGGAACGCCGUUACGUGGGCAUCAUCAGCGGCCUGAUGCUGGACCUGAUGAAGAACCUGCUGCAGCUGAACCCAUCGGAGCGCUAUCUGACCGAGCAGAGCCUGAAUCACCAUGCCUUCCAGACCCAGCGCCUCUUGGACCGGACCGGCCCGCCUUCGCCUGCACCUCCGCGCUCCUCCAAGAGGAAGCCUCACCACAGCGAAAACAGCACCACCACGAGGAGCCUAGGGUCCAAGAGCUCAGGGCACCACCGGUCCAACAGCAAGGACUGCUCCAGCCUGCCUCGGCACGAGGACCUGCACCCCAGCAACGGCAGCUUCCUCAACGGCAACAUGCCGACGCCAGCCAGCCUCAGCCCGACUCUGCACCCGAAGGCAUACCAGCACCAGUCACUGAACCGCUCCACCUCCUGCAGCAAGGACUUGGCCAACAACAACCUGCCCCAGCUGCUUAGCCCAAAGGAGGCCAAGGCCAAGACGGAGUUUGACUUCAAUGUGCCCCCGAGGGGGACCGAUGGUCCUGGGACAAAGUACCUGAAGUCCAACUCACGCUCCCAGAAGGGUCAGCACUCUUUCAUGGAAGGCAAGACGAGCACGCUGCAGGCGGGUGAAAAGCGUAGCCGGCACGGCUACACGGACUCCAUGCCCUCCUCCACCAAGAGCUCCGCCUCUUACCUGAACCUCUCCAAGAGCCACGGUGCGCUCAGCGACGCCAAGUCCGUGGGAAACCUGGCCGAGGCUCGCCUGCAUCCAGAUGAUCCCGCCUCGCGCUACUUCCCCUCUAGCUGCGUGGACCUUGCUGCCCCUGGCAGCCCUUCUGGUCGCCAUGGUGAUCGGCCCGCCCUCAGCCCCUCAGGUCGUGGAAACGUCCGUCUGGAGAGUGGCACCUUGGACUCCCGCCACUCGUCCACACGGCAUAAAAACCUGGAGGAGGCCAAGAACCCCGAGCUGCUGGAUGCAGGCAGUUCUGGGGGUGUGGCCGGAGGAGGAGGUGGAGCUCACUCCCACUCACUCUCUGCCCCCCAGUCCUUUCCCUAUGGCCUGGGCUACACCAGCCCCUUCUCAUCGCAGCAGCGCCCUCACCGCCACUCCAUGUAUGUGCGGCGUGAGCGGCAGCGGGCAUACGGACCAGACCCAGGGCUUGCGGCGAGCCAAGCCGCACCCACGCGUGCCAGCAGUCUGCAGCUCCUCUCUCCCCAGGUGCAACACCGGACCCUCACCCGCCAUUCGGCCUCAUCCAGGGAGGACUGCACAGAUGACGUGAGCAGGAGCGAGCAGGCCCCGUCAGAGACGAGCCACGCUCGACCACCCAUUAAAGACUCAACACGAGAAAAUGCAGCACCCUUUCAUGCGCCGCGCCAAAAAAACGAGGUCAGUGCGUACCAUGAACCUCAUCCUGAGGACGGAGGGGCCUCUUCUAAAGAGAACCGGAUGAUCUUCACUGAGUCCAUGCCCAGACGGAUUGGCAGCUUUUACCGGGUGCCCUCCCCCCGACCAGACAACUCCUUCCAUGACAGUGGAGCUCAGAGCAGAGGGCCUACGGGAACAGGGGAGAACAAUGCUAUGAACAACCACUCCAAACGGCAGACGACCUUUGACCCUUGGAGUAACUCAGAGUCCAUGGCCAUGAACCCUUCAGAAACGUCCAAAGGAAAGGAGAGACAGAGCUUCUUCAAAGCAAUAAAGAAGAAAAAGAAGAAAUCACAAACGACAGAAUUCGGCGAUGGAAGGAAUCCCAGCAUCAAGAAAUGCCUUUUCCCCUUGUUCAGUUCAAAGAAUAACAUAAAGCAUAGUUCUUCUGUGAAAGUCCUCCCCGUUGUGUCCUCACCCAUGGUCCCCAGUGAAGGGCAAGAUCACCUGGCUGCUCAGAAGCCCGCAAGGUCCUCCGGUCACCAGAGCAGCCGGCACAGGAACCGGGACAAAGAGCGAGACCGGGACCGUGAGCGCGAUCAGGACAGAGAGCGGGAACGAGAGAGGGACAGGGACCGCGAGCGUGAACGAGAGAGGGACAGAGAACGAGAGCGCGAUCGAGAGAGGGACAACGACUGGCCUCAAGAUAAGCUAAGCGAAGCAUCUGCGCAGAACCAGCCCCUGAAGUCCCUACGCAAGCUGCUGCACCUCUCCUCGUCCCCCGCCGCCCCCCAUGCCGCUCCACCCUCCUCUGACCUGCGCUUCCAGCCGCUGCCCAACCCUCCGUCCAAGGCGGGGUUCAGUGACGGGCGCGCUCACCCUGGCACCGGACCCACCCACCAGCCGAAGGCCCGGCAGGGCAGCUACCCCCUGCCAGGUCAGAUCGAGUCCAGCUGGCACGCGUCGGCCCUGAGCCGUGCCGACGGCACCGUUUACGCCGACCAGAUGCCCGGAAAGGGGGGGCAGAACGGUCACAGCUUCACCCGCCCUUCCCGCUCGCGGAUGCCAAAUCUCAAUGACCUUAAGGAGACUGCCCUCUAGAGAUUCCCCACACUGCUGGCACACCUGACCUCUGACCCCUCCACGGCACCCCCUGUUGCCCCUCGCGUCAUAUACGCCAGCAGCAGGAGCGUGGGAAGCAGGUUUGCCCUUGGCCAAAGGGUACUGCUCUUUAUGUCUUAAGUUUUUUAAGCUUCCAUAUUUGAUAGAAUUUGUAAUAUUAUUUAUGAAAUUCUGAGUAUAACUUUUUUGUUUUCAAAUAAAUACAUGCAUUUGAAGCAUAUAUGUACAUGGCGAUUUUAAAAAUAGCAUACUGUAAGUGCAAGAGCUUUAGUUUCUACUAAAAAUUAUAUACAUUUUCCUGCACAAUAAUUCUAUAUUUGGUUGUGUUCGAAGGUAUAGAGGUUUCCCGCAUUUUGCAGUAUUGUUAUAAUAUAUGCCAUUUUUUUCUUUAUUUUGUCUUAUUUACCUUUUGAUUUUGUGCUCUUGACCCACUGACUAGCAAUGUUCAGAUGAAGGCCUUUUCCCUUACCCAGACUGGCUGAACGCUCCCGUCCUCAGUGCACGUGCCUUUAGAAGGACGACUCAUCAUAAUGAUGGCCACUGUAUGAACCAUGUGCUCUUUCCCCCCUGUGAUGUCAUGUCUGCAUUGUGUUGUCAUCAUAAUAAGCAUUUAACACCUCCUGCAGUGUACAUUACAAUGGAGAAAAGGGUGGAUGCUUCUAAGAUGAUGGAGUUCAUUUUAAGUUCUUAGUGAUGCCCUUUGGGCGGCACAGUGCCACAGCAGGUACCACUGCUGCCUCACAGUGCCUGGGCUGCGCUGUUGGACAUAAGUUUGAUUCCAGCUUAUUCUGUAUGGAGUUUCUGUGUUCUCCCCGUCUUUUCAUGGGUUUCCUCCAGGUGCUCUGGUUUCCUCCAACAGUCCAAAGAUGUGUUUUGGGUAAAUUGGGGACUCUAAAUUGGCUGUAAUGUGUGUGUGUGUGUGUGUGUGUGUGUGUGUGUGUGUGU